AUGCGCUUCUCGAAAUAUGCUCCCGCCGUGCUGCUCCCCACGGCGGCCAUCGCGUCGGCCAAUCCCGAUGUCCAGGAUGGCGUCACGCUGAUCGCUGUCGAGGGCGUGACGCAGGAGGAUGUCCACCUCCUGGUCCGACGCCAGCUGGAUCUCGGCGGGAUCGUCGAUGGGAUCGGUGACCUUCUCGGUCCCCUGUUUGAUUUGCUCUCUUCGGAGAGUCUGAAAAAGAUCAAUCUGAUUAUCACGAACCUCGCGUCCGUUCUUGGAGAUCUAGAUGUGCAGCAGACGAGGGAUCUCCUUACUUUGCUCGACGAGCUUAUCAACUCGGAUGCGACGCAGGGUCUGAUUGAUACGCUUGGCUCUUUGCUUCCGACUCUGCUUGACCUGCUCGACUCAGACCUCAUCACGAAGCUCACCAACAUCCUCAACAAUGCCAGUAUCCUGCUCACGCGCGAUGUUGCAGAACAGCUCAACGAUCUGAUUACCAGCAUCGGUCCGCUCUUCAACUACAUCGGCGAAUUCAUCGCCUUCUUCCUCGAUCUGAUCUUUGGCGGCGGCAGCGGAGGUGGUGGAGGUGGAGGUGGAGGCGGCGGCUCCAGCACGACAACACGCCCACCCACAGCGACAGAUACCGAUGGACCAAGCUCAACGGGUGACCGCGAUGACCCAGACUACUCACUAACCCUGACUGGGGGUUCUGACUCACCUGAAGCAACCGAGACAUCCGGCGUCGACUGGUGGGACUCCAUGGGUCUGGGCUCCUCCAGCAAUAGCAACGACGACGACACGGACUCGCCUUCGGCAACCGGUGACUCGGACUCGGAUUCUGGUUUGGGCUGGGAUUUGGGGUUCUCGAACUCGAGUGAUGACGAUGAUUCCGAGACGGUAACUAGCGGUUCGGGCGAGGAGGAGGAUUCAGCGGGGUCCUCGGAUGAUCCAGGGUUCACUGGUGCGGCGGGGAGAUUGCAGCUGGGGGCGGGUGUUUCGGGAAUUCUAGGCGUGUUAAUUACCAUAUUAUUGCUGUAGGCUCUAGACCCUAUAAUGGUGGCGUGGAGGGGCACAGUGGAAGGUCUGAGCGUGGAUAUCAGUUACGCCGUAUUGUUUAAUGCUAUAAUGAGAGAGUGCGAGACGACCACUCCCUAUCGUGUCGGACACCCA